CAAUAAUAUGUAUUAAAUAUUAUAAAUUAUAGACUUGAAGCUGCUGAAAAAUUGGGUUUUAAAAAUUAUGGCGAAUUAUCAUUGAUUACAAAAAUGGCACCUUCAAUUUCAGUUAUAGAAAACACAUUAUUGACAAUAUUGGAUAAAGCGAGACCAUUACAAGACAAAGAAAUAGAAUCAUUACAACUUUUUUCAAAUAAAAAGGGUAAUGAAUAUCCUAUUCAAAUGUGGGAUGUUAGUUACUGGGCAAGAUUACAAAAAAAAGAACUCUUUGGUUACGAUGAAGUUCAGUGGUCUGAGUAUUUCCCAUUAGACCGAGUUUUAGAUGGUCUCUUUGAAUUAUGUAGACGACUAUAUGGAAUACGCAUUUUAGAAAUGCCCAAUAGAGCUGACGUUUGGCACCCUGAUGUCAAAUAUUAUGAAAUAAUACACGAAAAUGACCCUUCUAUUGUGGCUGGAUUUUAUUUAGACCUCUGUUCUCGGCCACAAAAAAUGAGAGCUGUCGGUGAACCUGGUUGGUUAGUAACUCAUAGGACUGCAUCAUCAAUACCAAAAAAAGUAUUACCUUUAUCAGCUCUAAUAAUGAACUUCCCGUCAGCGCAGAAUAAAAAGCCAAGUUUAUUGAGUUUCGACCAAGUGAAAACCUUAUUUGGAAAAUUUGGACAUUUACUGCAAAAUGUUCUUUGUCAAGUGCAUUAUGCCGAAGUAUCUGGUUUGAGUAAUGUCGAAUGGGAUGCCGUUGGAAUAACCAGUAACUUUAUGAUUCAUUGGUUGUAUGAUAAAGAUACAUUUGACAGUAUUAAUAGCCACUACAAGACAGGUAAAAGAUUACCAAAUGAUCAACUGACUGAAAUCAAACAACACAUGGCAGGGUUCAAUACUUGUGAAGAACUCUACAAAUCUAUGAUUGACAUUAAAAUGCAUACUAUCAAAACAAAUUGGAAUGACCUGGUGAAAGAAAUGUGGAGUAAUUACUAUGGAUUUCCAUUAAGUAAAUGGAACAGUUUCCCAUGCAGGUUUGCUGAGGUUAUGUCUAAUGAACAAGGAGCAGCAAGUUACUACUCUGGAUUAUGGUCUAGAAUAAUAGCGGCUGAUGUAUUUCAAUCAUUUAAGGCUCCAGAUGAAUCUACUAAAAAUUUAGGAAAUAAUUUUCGAGAUACCUUUUUUGCAUUUGGUGGCAGCUGUCCAUCUGGAGAAAUAUUCAGACGUUUCAAGGGACGAGACCCUAAUCCCAAAGCAUUUAUUAGUGAUCUUGGUCUUGAUAAAGAUGAUAGUAAUUAAAUUAUAGUUUAGUUAUGUGUUAUUAUGUAAACACAUAAAAAAUUAAGAAUAUUGAUAAUGUUUUAAUGUGUAUGAAAUA